AUGCGUUUUGAUCCCGAAAUGCUCAUCGAAAAGCUUGAAGCUGCCAAGGAGAAGAUCGAAAAAGAAAACCAAGAGGCAAUCGAUGUAUACAGACGACUGGCCAAGCUUCCACAACGCUGCCGAGUUGAUUUGGGAAUGAUCAUCGAGAACGUCAAGAAAAAUCAAACCAAGAAAGCUGAUGUUGGAUGCUGCAAAUGCGCCACUCGGGUGCUCACCCAGAAGAAGGAAAAUCUCCAGAUUCUCGCGACCAAAGAGUGCCCCUGUUCUCUUCGUCGAAGUUUUUCAAGAAAACCAAAUACUCUCGAACAUUUGAGGAGAUGCAAGUAUUUGUGGGAGUCUAGUGACUCAACUGGCCUCUCCGGAUUAUACUGUAUCAACAGAGCAGACAUUGGAAGCUGUAAGAACUUAGCAUCGCCGAUCACCUUCUUCGUUUUGCUAGAGAUCGACACAUAUUUCGAUUUGUCCCCUACUCUUGUUGUCCAACAUGUCGCUCAAAUCGGUGCUUUUCACAUCCUUUUAUCAGCGGAGUGGGAAAAUUAUGCGAUCGAUUUCACGAAAAAGAACGAGCGUAACGAGUCGAUAUUCAAGUCAUUGUUUUCCUCUGUGUACAAUAUAGAUGCAGAUCAGUUGAAAAUGCUCGAAGAAUGUUUUGAGGUGCUUUUAGCUAGAUUUGAAAAGUCAACUCCUCACAUGGUGUCCUGCAUUCUCGAAGAGCCCGACUACAAUGGAGAAACUAUAUUUUAUCAUUCUUCCCGGGUUUCUGAGAGAAUCUCCAAAAUUUUGCUGAAAAAACGAACUCUCAAAUUCAAUUUCGUCCGCGAAUUUACGACGCCUAGUUUCAAGUUUGGCAAUUUGACGAAAAAGAUGCUAAGAAGAGGCAUCAGUCCGUUCGUUGUAGAUUCGAAUGGAAUCCGACAAUACGAAGAAUUCAGAGAUAAUUUUCAAGGAAUUAAGUCAGACUUAUUGGGAGCAAAUGGUGUACAUUCAUUUUACUACUCGUCAGUCGAAUCGAAAUGUACUUCGUUCUGCAGUUCGUCAUGUAAAGAUGGUGCUCUAGCAUUCGAGUUGCAAGCUGGAGCCAAGAUAAAGGAGACUCCCAGCAACUUAGUCUUUAAAAAUUCCGCCUCAAUCGUGCUCAGAGGAACUUGGCAUGGAGAACCAGCGGCAUUUAAACAUAUUUUGAAACGGAUUGAAAUUUUAAUUUCUAAUCAGUCCCAACUUGGGACUUCCAAGUAUUAA